CUGGCUCCCAUCCCGCCAACCGCCCACAGCCCUCGACGCGCCGCUGCAGACGCCUGGGGGAUGACGACUAGCGUCUCUGCCUACACCAACCUCGAGUCGCUCCUGCUGUUCCAGUGCCUCCAUGCCUACGGCGUCGGCCCCUCCGUCUUUGCCCGCAUCUCGGACCUGCUCAACCACCACCCCGACAUCACCACGCACAAGUACUUCCAGGCCGGCCGCCUGAGCCCCGAUGCCCUGCGCAACUUUUACCUCGAGCGCCUGCGCAGGGAGCUCGACCGCGACCAGCCCGCCGACCCCGAUGGCCUCGCCGCCGACGGCUCCCACCCCCCCAAGCGGAAGCGCCAGAGCCCCAGCCUGCCCACCGUCCAGGAGUCGCUGCAGCACCAGCACCUGAUCCCCAAGCUCGUCACCAAGCUGUAUGCCUCGUACCGCUACGAGAUUGCCGAGCAGAUCAGGGCCGAGGAGGACCGCUACGAGCGCCUGCAGCGCGAGCUCAAGAGCAUCGACCGCGGCGAGUGGGACGACCAGCUGCGCGAGAGGGCCAGCCGCCGCACGCCCACGCUGCGCAGCCCUACGCUGCCUCGCAAGUCGCCCCAUGUCGCUCAGAAACCGCUGCAGCCGAGCCCCAGCCCACAGCCUCCCUCGCCGUCUCAGUCGACCAAGCAGCCCUCUGUAGAUGCUCGACGCACGCCUUCAACUCCCCAUGCACACCCCACGCCCCCUCCUCCACUCUCACAACAGCAAGCCCAGCCUCACCCAGCCUACAAUGGCCCUCUUCCGUAUCCAAACAUGCCCCCCUUCCCUCCGGGCCAGACACCGCAAGCCGCUCCCCACCACGGCGUCGGCCACCCCUCACAGCCUCCAUCGCCAGCAGUAGGCUCGCCAGGGUCGCACUAUCAGCCCCAACCAGUGCACAACUUUGGCGGCAAUGGCGUGCCUCAGUACGGGCCACCCGGAACGCAUGCGCAAUUCCACUCGCCGCACCAGCAGUUCCCGCUGCAACAGCCUCCAGGUCCCCAUUCCCCAGGUUUGCACCCCGGACAGCAAAGGGCCCAGUUUCCUCAUGCAGCACACCAGCCGUAUCCACCGUUGCAGCCGCAAAUGACACAUCCACCGCCUCAGGCGGGCUUCAUGCUCCCGCCCUUUCAGGUCGCCCCGCAGGAUCCGUCGCGUGUCCACCAAGCAGCCGUGCCGCCGCAACAUGCGCAAUCGUCGACUCCCGCAAGCAACCGCCAGCCGCCCCGCCCAAGCGUCCAGACACCCGGUACCGCCAGAGCAGGUGCCCCUCCCGUCCAUCCCCUGGUCAACCAGGCAAGGCAGACAGUCUCGACGCCCGUCACUGCCCGCUCUCCGCAUAGCUCCUUGGGCACUCCCGUGUCAGCCAAGAGUUUUUGGAAGCGAUCUAGUUUCAAUGGAUCGCAAUCCACGUCUUCAAGCCCGCGCCCCGACGUGGAACCGCUCGAUGACGUGCCCCCACUGAUCCGGCCAACACAGAGUCCUGCGAGGACAAAGUCGCAGCAGCGCAAGUCAAGAGCUAGGGGCAAAGGAAAAGAAGAACACGAGUCUACGGCAGAUGAUGAAACGCCGCAGCAUGCCAGGCAAAUCAACGACCACGACGAAGAAGGGCUGCUGGAGCCAGAGACGCGGUCUGGACGCUCCCGGCGCAAGGCCCCUGCAAAACGAACGCGGCCUGGGAGUAUUGCAUCUUCGCGAGCCGGUGGUUCUGGGCGAGAUCGCAGCAGGAGCCAGUCCAUCAUCUCCCACACCGACACAGUGGCGGCAGAUAAUGAGUCUCAGACUGGUAACAGGAUCAAAUCAGAGCGGGGAACUUCAGUCGAUGCCAUGGACGAUGAAGCAGCUGUUGAAACGCCAUCGCACAUGUCGACGCGACGUCGGGCGGCUGCUCCAGCUUCGUCUCUCUCAAACCGCCGAAAGCGUAAUGCGCGCGAGGCUUCGAUUGAAGAGACCGAAGACCAGUCGUUUAGCACGCCAGGUCCUCCCAGAGUCAUCAUCGCACCGCGAAACUUUGCGCGCAUGACGGCCCCGAUGAUGUACGAUAUCAACUCUCACAAGCACGCAUCCACAUUCAACACGGCAGUUCGCGCAAAGGACGCAGAAGGCUACUAUGAUAUCAUCAAGCGCCCAACGGAUCUGUCUUCGAUCAAAAAGGCCAUAGCGGCAGGCUCAAAGCAAGUUGCUGCAGCUGCCGCAGCGUCGGACCCAACGGCCAGCCCGGGUGGUGCUACAGGAGGCUUCGUUGAGCUUCCCUAUACAAUAGACAACGUACCCCCCAAAUCCAUUGUCAACGCCGCGCAGCUGGAAAAGGAGCUGAUGCGCAUGUUUGUCAAUGCCGUCAUGUUCAACCCUGGAGAAGAAGGCGUCGUCAACGACGCAAGAGACAUGUUCCAAACCGUCCAAGGCCUCGUCAGCACAUGGCGAGAUGUCGAGCGCGACAGCGGCAAAGCAGGUAACGAGGGCACGCCUGCCGCCGAAGACGACGAUCCCCCCACGGCCAGCAAACGCAGGAAGCUAUAG